UCUGUUCAAUAUGAAGAUAAUGUUAAUGCAAUGUUAUCCAACAAAAAUAUUAUACGAUCCAAACUUGAAAGGCUUCUCAAAGAGAAGCGAACUGAUUGGAAGCGAUGCAACUUUGUAAAAUCUUGUCUUGAACAAGAUAUUUGUUUAAGUGAUGAUGCUAGACAAAAUAAAAAAAGUUAUUUACAUGAUUUGACAGCAAAAAAAAAUAAGACAAAGCAAAUGUCUAGAUUAGAGUCAAACAAAAACUUGUAA